AUGGCCAGCUCCCUCCUGCAGGCGGUGGAGAUCUCCGCCUCUCAGUUUCUGGACAUCUUCCAUCACUACGACAACGACGGAAACGGGUUCAUCGAAGGGAAAGAGCUGCAGAGCUUCAUCAGAGAGCUGCGAGAAGCUCGACAGCAGGCCGGACUGGGUCUGACGGAUCGGAUGAGACAGUUUGUGAGUGAAUACGAAGAGAAGUCAGACAGAAGAAUUGGACUCGUUGAGCUGGUUCAGAUUCUUCCCACUGAGGAGAACUUCCUGUUGUUCUUCAGACAGCAGCUGAGCUCCGCCUCUCAGUUCCUGCAGACGUGGAGGCGCUACGAUGUCGACCACAGCGGCUACAUUGAGGCUGAUGAGCUGAAGAACUUCCUGAAGGAUCUGCUGCUGAAGAACCAAAAAUCAUGUGACCAGAAGAAGCUGGACGAGUACACAGCAGCAACUUUGAAGAUUUUUGAUUCAAACGGUGACGGAAAGCUCUGCUUGGCAGAAAUGGCCAGGUUGCUGCCUGAUGAACAGAACUUCCUGCUCAGGUUUGAGGGUAUAAAGAUGUCCAGACUACAGUUCAACAGGACCUUUGAUCUCUACGAUCAGGAUGGCAGUGGAUUCAUUGAUGAAGCAGAGCUCGACGUUCUCCUCAGAGAUCUGUGUGAGAACAACAAGAAGGUUCUGGACUCUGCAGAUCUUGGUCUCUAUCGUUCGUCCAUCAUGCAGUUAUCAGACGGAGGGAAACUGUUCCGCAGUGAACUCGCUCUGCUUCUCUGUGACGACUGA